AGUUGGGCAACCAUUGUGGCAUUAUUAUCAUAUCGUGUGAUGUGUCGAGUGAAAUAAUCGAUGCAAGCGAUACAACCUGAUGCUGUAAAGGCGUCGAGAGCCCCUCUGGCGCAGCCGAAACAUCGCAGAUGUCCAAAGAUAUCCGCGGCGGGUCGGCGAAGUUCGGCAUCCAAGAUGGGCCCGGUGGCGUACCCGGGCUAUUGAAUUCGAACCCACUAGUGGCCGGGGCCGAAUGGCGGAGGAAGAAGUCACAAGAUGUUGGCACGCUUACAGACGUUUGCUGCGAGAAAAAUUUGCCGGAAGUAGAAUUGGUGAGCUUGCUUACGGAGCAACUGCCGAAUUACAAGCUUCGUGCGGACUAUCUGACCACAUUUCAAGGUUAUCAGCAUCAGGACUGGAUAGUCCCAUUCCCGGCUCUGAGUCCGGAUGCCGGCUCUGAUUUGAGCCCCGUGGUGAUCAAGGAAACGUUGGACUAUUUUCUUCUGUGCGGGAAUCGCGUAAGCCAAAUGACCAGGGUUUACCAUGAUAUACAAGCGGUCACGAAGUUGCUUGAAGAGAAAGAAAAGGAUUUGGAGCUUGCUGCGCAAAUUGGACAGCAGCUCCUGGGACGCAAUCGAGCGCUCGAGGAAAAAAUUGGCUCGUUGGAGACCGAGUUGAGUGCUACUUCAGAAACCGUGGUAGAACUCAGACAUCAGGUUCAGAUAAAGAGCAAUCUUUUAGAAUUGUACUCGAUGUCGGACGUUGACACGGAUUCCGAAAUCGUUGCGAUUGUUAUGGCGGUGAAAGGAUGGCUGAUGAAUGUUGUAGGCUCCGGACAACCGGCUGCCGUCAAAGAUCCGGAAAUCAUCUUACAGCAAAAGGUGAAGUCAUUGGAGGAAGAGAACUCGAGCUUGAAAGUAGAAGCUGAGACGCUGCAGUCACAGACGAACACCAUGGAAGAGCAUGAGCGGCAGUUGCAUGAUGAAAUGUUCAAGCAGCUCAGUGAUGCCUUUUCACAAAGCAGAUGUCUUUCCGAAGAACUUGCUUCGAAGGUCGAGGAAAAUAUUCUACUCCAGGAAGAAAUUACGUCGCUUCUCGCGCAGCUGGUCACGAGUCAAGCCAAGAAUCGUUCGAUGCAGACAGAAGUUGACGACCUGACGUUUAUGCUGGACUCCGCGAAAGAAACCCAAACUGAGCUAACUACCGAGCUUGCUGACCUGAAGGACAAAUACUCAGAGGUGCUGGAAUUGUUGCAUGAUACCCAGGAGCAAGUGCGACGAUUUGAACGAAAUUCUUCUGGCGGGAUGGUUAAUGCAUGGGAACCAUCCGCGGCGAUUUUGCCAUGGCAAACUGACCCGUUCGGAUCGACCUUUACUCACGAAUUAUCCGCUGCGUCUUUGGCUGCUGAGAUUGAGGAAUCGCUAGCAGCCGAAGUUCAUGAGGAGUGUCAGCAAAAAAUGUCGGACGCCAUUCAGAAAGUGUUCAGCACGUACAAAGCAGCUAACCAAAGUAAAGGAAGCUUCCUAUCGAACGGCGAGUCAUUUGGCGGCUUGGGACAAUCGAUCUCGCAGCCAAACGCAUUGCUCGACAACUUGCGUCUCCCCACAUUCGUCUCGCCGGUCAAGACGAGUGCCAGCACAGGGGACACCACGUACCUCAGCUCCGGCUUGCCGAAAGGCGGCAUUAUCCCGUCUCUCGGCUGUGAUUCCGCCUGGCACAGUGACACAGAUGUUUUGUCCUCGGACGAAGCCGCCGUUUCGGACGAUAUUUACGCAGCGACUAGUUGCGUUGGUGUUCCUGGUUACCCUGGUUCGAAGGACUUGAAAACUGCGCUACAAAAGCUCAAUCCGGCGGCUAUUUAUGAGCAACGGAAACUGCACUCAGAUUCCGGAGAGGAUGACGGGUUUCUGUCCGACGCGGACACAGGAAUGGGGCAAAGCAUGUGUUCCAGCCGAUUUGCUGGGCUCUCUUUCAGUGGAAGUUCACAUCGUGGUCCGAACAGUUAUCCUUAUUAUCAAGCAAACUCUCGAAGAACUCCCGAUUCUCUCAUGAGUACAGGGCAGAGUCACGGCCAUAGCAUGACCUAUCGUCCGUGGCAAAUGCCAGAAAAGCUACAGUUGGUGAAACCUAUGAAAGGGUCAGUGAUGUUGCACAAUUGGGCCCAAAUGGCUGUGCCGCACAUGGGCCGAGUUCUAGAAAAGGAAGUCGGCGUUGCACACAAAGCGUUGUUAUUCCAAGCACCUGUUACGAGGCAAACGAGUUCGGAAACUGUUGUUACAUUUUCUUCCGCUUCCAACGAACCCGGCGUUGGUCUCGGUUCCCUUUUUGAUGCCCCUCCAGCUGCUGCUGCUGCAGUGGCAUUUUCGCCUGUUAAGCGGACUUCCGAGUCAAAGACUAAGACUGCAUUUCCAGAGUUUAUGGACUUCGGUGGAUUUCCUGGGAGGAGUUUUGAACCAACCCAUGGAACCUACAAAUACAUCUACUCCCAUAUUAUGCAUCCUGACGAGAAUACGCAGGUUACUCCCAGCUUGCAAAGUGCUCACAUGACGGUUAUAGAUAUUGGAACCCCAUUGAUGACACCUGGAGGUUCGAGAUCGCACAGUCGUCGCCCGAGUACAUGUACUUUCAGCACAAAUCUUGGAAUUGCCCGGGUUCUGAAAGAACGUGGGUUCGAAAACGAGCCGUCGAGGCCUGGGUCGUUGUGUUGCACUCCUCCACGACCUGCUUCUCCAUCUUUGUUGUCCACGCCUUGCAAUUCGCCCACUCACCACUCUCCCGAACGAGAAGGUACAAAAUCUGGAUCAGGUUUGCAAGAAGACCUGUGGGAAGGCUUGGUGUCGUUGUCGAGAAAGGGAGCCGCUCUGUUCCGGAGAACGCUCGGCGGAGAUUCCAAGGACAGUGUUUCGGAAUCUCGUGAUUUGAGGCGACGAGAUUCAACUCGUCGGUCGAAGAGAGCUGACAAGACACGUCAAAGAACUCGAUCAAAAAUUGAUCCGGCGGACAUUCUCAGCGCCCGACAAGCAACACAAGCUAAAAGCAGAAACGAGCUCAACGCUGGUCAAUUAUCGGAAAUCGCUUCCCGCGGCACGCUCAUGACCAUGCACAUGCUGCCCUCAAUCGGCGGACAUUUUCUUUUCCCGAGAAAAGAAAUGAUCAGCCCCAUGGCGCAGCUCGCAUCCAUUACGCGCGACGCAAUGGCUCCUUCGCUUCAGAAAAUGGCCCUCGGCUCAAGUCCCACCUCUGUGAAAUCAAGAAUCGCGGAAGCUGACGAAGAAGAUCCUGAGACAGAGGUGAAAAAGAGUGAAGUUAAAAAGUUUUUCGGGAUUCCUCGAAAGCCGUCGUCUGCUUUUGGUAUCCCGGUCCAGCCAAAGCCUGGUGCUUUGGCAGAUAGACUUCAUGGCACGAAUGUUCGCCCUGAUUUAGGGAAAGUGGGCACCGGAAAGAGACGCCCAAUGCCGGCACCCAGUUCUCCGAAUCACAAAGAAGAAGAAAUGGGUGCUUUGUCGUUUCUUACAUUCGGGCGUAAAGGUACGAAUCGUGCGAUGGAAAAUAAGGAAAUAAGUAUAAUCGAUUCAGUUGAUUUAUCCACCUCGCUGUUGGGUCCGGUGGAUAAAUUUUACAAGCGUUUGUAUGACCCGAAGAAUGACCUGUGUUUCAUGUUUCAUUCCAACCGCGUGUGUGUAAUCACUCUGUCCCGACAUCAUCCCCUGGUUGUUGAGAGAUCUCCUAUUUCGAAAAUCGACUUCCGGAUAAACCACAGGACUGAUCGUUCACUGAAUAAAGUAUCUGGGAAAGGGAAGAAAGGUGCUCAGAUACUGGAAGAAAACUCAAGAUUGUGCACCAUACAUACGGAAACCAAGGCUGUGGAACUGCGGGCUGGGAUCAAAGGAAAACUGAUUGAAGUGAAUGAAAAUCUGGUGAAAAAUCCAGAUCUUAUUGUUACCCAUCCGGAGGCCGAAGGGUUUAUUGCCAUUGCGAUGCCUGUUCAUUUGGGGUCCGAUCUCACGGAUAAAGGUCGACUCCUGGACUGGUUGGAAUCUGAUACUCAACGAGAAAUAAAUAGCUCAAGUUCUGCCGUCUUGGUGGUGUUGGAAUGCCGUAAACAAGCAGGUGUUGAUAUCAUGGAACAAGCUGUUGAUGGAUACGCGGUGAAGCAGGAGCACGCUAGUUCUGUAUGUGCAGUGGAACCGGAGCAAGCUGUUGCUAGUGCAGUGAAGCAGGAAGCCAUUAAUGUUCAAACUAAACUCGAAAAGCAAGUCGUAAAAACUGAGUUUUUGCAAUCUUCGAAUUCGGCCACUUCGUAUGAUCCAUCGGUCCAAUUACUUGUUGCCCAUGCGACUCAACCGCACGAUGAUGGCGAGGAUUUGCUUGAUCUGCUGAAUCGAGUGGAACCUGAUGAAGGCGAAGAUUCCGAUUCAGGUAUCGGUAAUUUUUCAGGCAGGCAAUCGGGAAAAUCUAAGAAACGUCCUUCGAACGCGAGGGCUCCUUACAAAUGGCAAAACCCGCGUUUGAAAAACUUCAGAAUCCCGAAAAAAAGUCCUCAGGUCGAUGUGACCUGCGAAUUGCGGGAGGAGUCAGUCCAUUCAGAUGGGAAGUUUCGUCCUCUUUUCGGCAGUGGUAAAAAUGUUGGUCGAGCAUCGUAUAAGCACUUGAAACCAUUCGAAUUACCGGAAGCCGAAGCUGUUUACUCUAUCACCGAUGCAAUGAGAACGUAUCAUGAAGACAUUGAAGAGUUGAAUGAAGAAGCUCAUCAAAGACCGCGAGUGCAACUUGUUGCUGGGAUCCAGCAGGAAAAUCGUCAUAUUCGCGAACUCCAGCGAGAAAACAGGGAGCUUCGCCAAUCACUUGAAGAGCAUCAAAAUGCGUUGGACGCCAUCAUGUCAAAAUAUCGUGAACAAGUUUUAAAACUUUUGCAAGUCAACAAAGCUUACAAACCAACAAAUACGGCUGUGCAUGAUCAUUCCAAGGUUAUGGUGGAGAAGUAUCACGAUAAAAUGAGGGAAAUGCUACUUGUGAUGAAGCAGGCAAUGAAAGUUGACGACGAAAGCUUUCCGAAGCAACAAGAAUUGAUCGCUCGUUUGCUGACUGAGAACAAGACUUUGCGCGAGCUUUUGAACAUUUCAGAAAGGAGUGGGACGCUUCCUCCAGGUUCCAAGAAACGCGCGUUAUGGAGAGAAAUGCAAACCCAGACGGACGCGGGAGACGUUAAUUUGAUCCCGGCGAAAGAAGCUGAACCUUGUCCUGCUUGUGGUCACGGAGCCCCUCAUUCUUUGAUGAACGAGUCACCAUGCGUUAGUCCUCAUUCUGCCCUCGACGUCAGCUUUGCCUCGAGUGACACUGGCAGUGUAGACACGGUUUUGUUGUCCCCGGGUCGAGCUGAAGCGUUACUGGAUUCCUCUUCCUCCCCUGAUACGCCUGACGAAAAAUUGACGUCCACCGUAGCUGCUGACAUUCUCAUGUGA